AGGGACGACAUUCUGACCGUAAUUAUAUCAAAAACUACAUCAAAGAAGCAGUCAUGAGGCUAUUGAUAUUUUUAAUAUUCAUUACUUCGCAGAUAACAUAUAUUUUUACAUCAAGUCUGUGUUCCUGUGAAAAUCGAUAUGCCAGCCCUCGGCUAGAAGAUUUACACCUUGAUAAGUGUAGACUGGAGGACUCGGCGUGCAUGGUCAAUGCUUUCCAAAAAGGCGUUGCGACCUUCAGCAAAGGUUUGCCAGAAUGGGGAGUGGCGGCCAUGGAUGUCAUGGAGUUCGAUGAACCCGUGCAAAUUGAUAUUGCCGGUCUAUCGCUUUGUUUCAAUGACGGCCGGUUAAAAGGAUUGGAAAACAUUAUCAUAAAAAAUAUCGAAUGGGACGCAAAUAAUCACACUAUUUAUGUUGAGUACAAUGCACCAUCGUUGGUACUGACAGGGAAAUAUUUGGCAGAUGGGCAAGUUUUGUUACUGCCCAUCGUGGGUGAUGGCGAUAUGAAGGUGAAACUGAAAAAUACGGAUGUGAAUGUACUGAUUUUCCUUGAUGUGUACAAGAGAAGCGAUAAGACGUACGUUUCUAUAAAGAACUACAAAUAUGAUUUCAAUGUUGGACUUGGUCGAUACAAUCUGACCAAUCUCUUUAACGGAGACAAAGAACUUGGCAACACUGUAUUAAAACUAAUGAACGAUAACUGGCAACAAAUUGCCCUUCAAUUUGCAAGACCAGUGAUGGAUACUGUGGCGAAUCAAAUCUUCAGAAAUGUCGACCGGUUCCUGGCCUAUGCACCUUUGGAAGACAUAUCUCUUUCAUUUAAAUAAAACGUUAAAUAUAACUUCCUUUUUCUA